AUGGAGAACACGAAAAAUCCCCAUGUUAUUGUCAUCGGUGCAGGUAUUGUCGGUGCUUCUAUCGCAUGGCACUUGGCAAAGCACACAAAAGUGACCAUCAUAGCCGAAGAUAUCGGCGGCCCUGCUACUUCAGCUUCAUUUGCCUGGCUCAAUGCCAGUUCAGCAAGUGACAAAUCUUAUUACGACUUCCGCGUUCGGUCAUUGAACCGAUGGAAAGAAAUGGAACGUGAACUGCCUGGUCUGCCCAUCACUUGGAACGGGUCCGUCAAUUGGCACAAACCUGCAGAUACUUUGAUCAACAAAUAUGAGAGCUUGGCGAGUUGGGGCUAUGGCGUCAAGCGCAUGUCGACAGAAGAGAUACAGUCGAAAGAACCAGGGAUUGAGAGUGCGAGUAUUCAUGAAUGGGGCCUUUGCUAUACGGAUGAGGGAGCCAUUGAGGCACACUUGGCCGCGCGACAGAUGGUAGCCGACGCAGAAGCCAGAAACGCAGUCACGACCAUCAAGGGAACUGUACAGUCCUUUCUCAAAAGCCAUGAUCAAGUCACUGGAGUAGUCUUGGACUCUGGAGAAGAAAUUCAUGGCGAUCACAUCGUUGUCGCAGCUGGGUUAGGCAGCGUACCUCUUCUCGGAACUGAAGACAUCAACCUACCAGUUCACUCGGUACCAGCCUUGAUUGUCAACUCGAAGCCCGUACAAGGCCAGCUGCUUCAUAGUCUCAUCAACUCGAAGUACCUUUACAUGCGUCAAACGAAUGACGGCGUUAUCAGGGCGGGUUGUGAGAACCCGGGUGACGACCCAGGUGACGAUCCUGAGCAAACUGCACGCGAUGCGUUCAAAGAGCUACAGAAAACUUUGAUUGGGGGUGAUAAGCUUGAGUUUGAUUAUUUUACUGUCGGUAAUAAACCUACACCAGCAGAUGGGAUGCCAAUUAUUGGACCGACUGGUCUGAACAAUGUCAGUGUGGCAGUUAUGCACUCUGGAGUCACGAAUGCAGCAAUCGUUGGGGAAUUAGUGAGCAAGCAGAUUUUGACCGGAGAGACAGACCCGGAUCUUGGUCAAUUCCGUCUUGGUCGGUUCACCACUUGA